AUGUUUUUCUCUACUACUAUUGCGCUUCUAGUAAUAUUUCUUCUUACUAUUUAUUGGUAUUUGAAAGGUAACGGAACUAAUCAUAAUAAAAAAUUGCCUGGCCUCGAACCACAAUGGAUAUUUGGUAACUUACGUAAUACUGGUGUUAUUUCCGGUCGAGUAGUCCUUUAUGAAGCUUUAGCUGAGCUGAAAGCUAAAUUUGGUGACGCCUUUUCAUUUUGGCUCGGACCUUAUUAUUCAAUAGUUCUUUCACGUAUUGACCAUGUUCAACAUGUCUUAGCAGAUAGACAUACAUAUGAUAUAGCGGAGACUACAACCCGCAAUUUCGGAGUACUUUUCCCAACUGGUCUAAUUGCUCUGCGAGGAAAUGAAUGGAAACGUCAUGCACGAUUCAUUCUUCCGAUGCUCAAACGAGCCAAAGUUUUACCAUAUCUUGACACAAUUGUUACCUGCACCGAUCGUUUCAUUGAUGAAAAAUUGUCUCGACGAAAUGGAGAGAUUCAUAUGGAUUUAGUUGAACAGUCUCAACGACUUUUGCUCAGCAUUAUUGGGUUUAUCGCCUUUGAUUAUGACCUCGAGACAACAUCUACAAGUGGUACUUUUGACCUGCGAGAUGCUUUCAAUGACUUUGUUCGCAUCGGAAACCAAUUCAUUCUAAUCAGUGGCGUUCCAUUAUGGCUCGGCAAAUUGAUCUUAAGAAUGAGUUCCCAAUAUCAACGAGCAUUACGUACUAUGAAACAUUAUGUGACGAACAUGAUUAACGAGGAGAAAGCUAGACAACAAGAAGCGACUAAUUCAAUCAGAUCAAUCAAUCUAAUUUCUUCACUUGUGUCAGCCGUGCAACUCGAGUCAUCAGAAGGAGUACCUUCAUUGGCUCCAAAUGAAGUAUUCGACGAGGUAUCUCUCUUAGUAUUAGGAGGUUUUGAGACAACUUCAACAGCACUCUCUUGGUUCAUUUUCUAUAUGUCGAAGUAUCCAGAAGUUCAGGAAAAGAUGAAAGACGAGUUAAAAACGCAUAAUUUAACACUGAAUACAUCUCUUACACAAGAUGUACUCGAUUCAUUGAUCUAUGUUGACUGUGUGACAAAAGAACUUCUUCGAUUUGCACCGAUCGCUACGAUUAUCUCACGAAAGGCUACUCGCGACGACAUUAUAGACGGCAUUGAGGUGAAAAAAGACGACACGAUCUUGAUCGCUGUUCAAAGUCUACAUUUUGAUCCUCGUUACUGGAAAAUUGACCCGUCAAAAUUUAUUCCAGAACGCUUUCUUUAUGAAGAUAAAAAUCCACCCCAUUGCGCAUACAUGCCUUUCGGAGGUGGGCAUCGUGCGUGUGCUGGUCAAGACUUAGCUUUCUUCGAGUUGAAAACAAUUAUUACACGAUUGAUGCAGCGUGUCACGUUCGUAGAUCCUGGUAAUGAAGCAAAUAAUUCUGGUGGUAUGGUUCAACGUAUCACAUGCUAUCCAAAAAAUUUGGCCAUACGUGUUUAUGUCGAUAAAGAUUAUAUGGUAGUCUAA